AUGGAGGGGGGCAGUUUGGGCCCCGAGCAAGUUCCAAAGCCAGAUGAGACGCAGGAAGCUUCUCCUAAUGCUUCGGACCAGGACGCUCUGAGCGGCGGCACAUCUGUGAAAGGUGGCGAAGCGAACCAGGUUACCAGCGAAGUCUCAGACAAGAACUCAAGGCACUCUGAAGGAGCAGGGCACGCCCGAGUAGUGCCUUCGCUGGCGCCUCCAGGUGAUGGGUGCCACAGGAUUUGGCGCCGUUCGUACAAGAAAUGCCGGGAUCAGACAGAUGAGAUGAAGGAGUGGUACUUCCACAAGCGCCAUGUUUUGGUGUUUACCUACAGUGGAAAGCCCGUGUACACGCGCUACGGUGAGGAGGAUGGUCUGAGUGGAACAACAGGAGCACUGUCAGCCAUUGUGUCCAAGAUGGCAAAGUUCUUCUUUUGUGACGGCGCCGCCGCAGAUUGCUUGAGGUACAUGACUGCGGGCGAGCACAUCUUCGCCUUUCUGGAGAAAGGGCCCUUGUGGCUGGUCUGCAUCUCUUGCGCCGGCGAUCUCCACGGUGACAUGAUGUGUCUCUUGGAGCGAGUCCACAUGCAAAUCAUAACGAUCCUCACGGCAGGAAUCGAAAGAACUCUUGUCAGUCGGCCGAACUAUGACAUGAGAGGGCUGCUUGGAGGAACAGAGCACGUCGUCAACAGCAUGAUACGAUGGUGCGUGCAGGACAUGUUCUUGCAGUGCGAGGGCUUUGAAGCACUUCCACUGGCUCCAGCUCUGCGCAACAUGGCAACAGAGGCGCUGAAGUCAGCGAGACUUCCGAACGUGCUUUUUGCCUUCUUGAUGGCUGGGCACCGUGUGCUCAGUGCCGUCUCGAACAGGCAGUACCGCCUCAACGCUUUAGACUUGGGCAUGGUGAUCAACAUCAUCAUGUCAUCAGCUUCGUUGCGGACGGGCGAGUCAUGGACGCCGGUGUGCAUGAGCCAGUACAACGACAAGGGAUUCGCCUAUGCGUACAUCUCUUUUCUGGAAGGCUCCGACGUUGGCGUAGUCUUCCUGUCAACGGCAUCAGACGGGGAGCAAUUCUACGCCAUCUCACAGCAAGCUGCCAUCGUAAAGGAUGUCUUGAAGCAGCCUGGCCUUGCAGAAGGCAUUGAAGAGGCAAUAUCAAAGAGUCCGAUUGAUUUGGCCUCAGUCUCCAGAGGCACGUUCAAUGCUUCUGCUGAAUCCAGCCCAGGCACGAGAGUCCCAAGACGAUCACUUCUUGCCACCACUGCUCCUGCAAAUCCACAGUGGCAGUUGCUGGAGGGUGUUAUACAUGCAGCGUACUACGUGCCGGCUUUGCAGCAAUACUUUUCCUCGCAAAUCACAGAGGCAUACCAGUCGAGACGGAGAGUGAAAAUGCUUUUCCGAAACUACGGACGUUGCCGUCAACUUCUGCGCAAUGCCAAAGUGCCUUGCCAAAUAUGUGUUGCGACGGACCAUGAGUGUUUCUAUGUGUCCAUGGCAGCUGACUACCAGCUUUUUUUAUCCGUUCCACGUGGAAUUUCAACCGGAGUCAUUGCCCAGUUUUACCACUGGGUGCGAAGUCAGGAGUCUCACAUCUUCCUGCAAAUUUCCACUUGGUGA